AUGACUGGUGACAUCGUGAUUGAUGGGAAGAAUGCGACGACUCUUUUGGAGAAUCAUUUCCAGUUUCCUAUUUUGCAACAAAAAUUCAUGAAAAUCGAAAAUUGGACCGGAUCAAUUAAAAUCAUUCACACAGACUUCCAGAACUUGUCUUUCUUCAAAUCUUUAGUAUCUGUUAAAACUGAUUUUCCAGGUUCUUCUUUUGACGAAGAUGACAUUCAUAACGAAAUGAGAUACGCAACGUUUUGGAUAGAAUCGAACCCCAAUAUUACAAGUCUUGGGAUUCCAAGUUUGAAGCAGGUUACCGCUGACGUGUUACCAACAAUAAGAACAGUCUAUGGGUUUUAUUUGAAAAAUAACGCUGAACUCUGUUUGUCGGAUAGUGAAUUUUGGAUGUUGAGAAAAAUGGAAAGGUCAUUAUUAUUUGGGAUGAAGAUAUGUGGAGCUGUUACAAAACAAUAUUGUUACCAAAGUCAUUUCGACCACACCAAUCUACCUCUUGGCUGUCAAAUUCUUCUGACGGGUAUAUGGUUAAAUGAGAUUAAAAAAUAUAAGUUGACGUUUGCGAUGUUUCCAUUGAGUGUUUUAUUAUUCCUCUUCUCUUUCAUCAGUAAUGCUUGCGUGUGUGGUGCUAUGUCGCAAAUACCAGAACCAUUUAAGAAUGAAAGGGCACCUCAAAAUCUAACAUCACUCAGUUUGUUUCUCCAGGCGUUGUUCAUUCUGAUUGUCGGUUUAUUUUCCGAAGGUCUCAACCAUAUGUUUUCAUCUUCUCCAGCAUUGGUCCAACAAGUCCGCGACUUUGAUUAUUUUUUCUAUUUUUGGGGCAGCAUAAUCAUGAGAUGGCAUUACGCUAUAAUUCUAUUAAUUCAAACAGCAUUCAUUUCUCACACGUUCGUCAUGUUCUCAGUUGACGAUAUUCCUACACCAAAGCAUGUUUCACCCUGA